CAAGAAGCUACGAGAUUGAAAGGAAGUACCGAUACCCAAAUCCCCAACCAAUAUUUCCGUAUUCAUACGCCUGCCUCACCAAACCAAUUCUGAAUCCGACGAAAUCCCAAUUCACUCUGUUGCCUCAUUACAAGACCGCUUACUCAUCAUCCUCUCUUCUUCGUCUUCUUCCUCAAUUCUCCCUCCUCCUGGUUCAACUCCUUUCUUGCUCACCCGCCCUCCUCUUUUCCUCAGAAUUUUUUAUUAUGCAACUUUCCCUUUCGCUUUUGAGUUGUUCACGGGCUGUCAUGAUCGUGAUUGACGGAUAAUCCCGGUGAGGUUGGUUAAAUCGCAAAAUGGAUUUUUUCUUUUGGUCGGAAGGAAGCGAAAUCUGAAGCCUUUUUUAUCUUCGUCGCCGGCGUCUCUCUGCUUCCUUCUUUCCCCCCUUCGGGAGGCAUCGGACGGAAUUCAGAUUCUUCGCUUUUGGCGUUCACAGAUGGGACCCUAAUUCUACUACCCCAAUUCUGACAUCUUCUGACCUAAAAGACAAACCUGCUGCGGCUUUCUUUUCAGCAGCUUCCCUUGUCGUUUCCAGUGGCGGAGAUUCAAAUUCCCCUGAGGUUAGCCCCUCUCUUUCUCUCUCCGGCGCGUCUUUUGCAUUAAUUGCUUCUCUCUUUCGCCUGCUGUUUGUGCCGGAGGAUUUUGGUCUUGCGUGCCCUGCAAAUUACAGAUGGGUUUCACGUGAAUUACAGUUCUUCGUUGUUGUUUUUUGUUUUGUUUUGUUUUUUUUUGGCGGGGUUGACUUUGGUAUGGUUUUCGCGCAUCCCUCUUCAUAGAAUUCACCGGCGAUUUAUAAUUAACUAACGAUUCCUUCUCCCCUUCCUGCAGAUUUCCUUCGCUGGAUGGAGUUCUUGAUCUUGUGAAAAGAAAAGGGACAUGCAGAUUUAGAAUGCUUGAAAUCAGAUAGCUGUAGUUCCAUUUCUUGUAUCCCGGAAUCUCCAGAUGGACCUGCCCUCCGGCAGCAAGAACCCGAGACUCGCACUGAGGAAUUUGGAUUCUUUACUCUACAAGUGCUUGGCUCUAAUCGGCCUUGCUCUGUUUUUCAGAGCCGUCGUUGUUCUUCCCCUCUCUAGCUAUGGUGGGAUGCGCCCGCAGAAGCUCGAUUUGGGUCAGAGCUUGUCUUCUGACAACGGAAUCCGUCAGAACAAGUUCUUGGAAGUGCCGCAGAUAGUAUGGGGGCUAAACAAUCAGAAGAUAGCAUUUGCAAGAGCUUGCCUAACAGCUAGAAUGCUCAACCGCACGCUGCUAAUGCCUAGCCUCAGUGCAUCUCUGUUUUACAAGGAAGUGGACCGCCUACAGCCCAUCUCCUUCAACAGAGUUUUCCAAUUUGAGAAGUUCAAUUCGCUCUGUAGCGGGUUUGUGCAGUUGGGUCGCUACUCGGAUAUCAGAAAUGAGACUGGAGUUUAUGAGGUUCAGAAGGGGAGUGGAAGGCGGUGGACGGUUCAGAAGGAUCUGGAUCAAUUGAAACAGGUGAGUAUGGAUCCUGUUGAUGGCCAUGAAGUCCUGAGAAUUGUUGGGAAGAACCCAUUUCUGUGGCAGGACCAUUGGCCAGUUAAAGACUAUGCCAGAGUGUUUGAAUGUUUGGUUCUGGUAGAUGAGAUAGCCAGAGAGGCAGACAGAGUUGUGUCCAAGAUUAGGGAUACUGGGAAGCAAUUGAGGUCUGGAGAUGAUGAUGAUGGCUUGUCUUCGCAGCAAGUUCCUUACAUCUCGGUUCACAUGAGGAUAGAGAUAGACUGGAUGAUCCACUGCAAGAAGUUGGAGCAAAGAUCAAACAUUACCCAAAUUUGCAGCAGCAAAAUGGAGAUCAUGGAAAGAGUUGGGAACAUUAGGGGGAUUAAACCACCAACCAUGGUCUAUCUUGCUGUGGCCGAUAGCCUGUUGGAAGAUUCUUCGAUACUAACCGGCUGGAGCGAAGGUUUGGUUCCUAUCGAGAAGAAGAAACUUGGCGUGGACGGAAUCUACAAGAAGUACCCAUAUCUAAUUCAAUCAGCUAUUGAUUAUGAGGUGUGCUUGAGGUCAGAUGUGUUUGUAGGGAACAGUUUCUCUACGUUUUCGAGCCUCGUUGCGCUCGAUAGAACUCAGAAGACGAUUAGGAUGGGCUUGGCGACGGGCAGCAGCUCCUGUGGAGUGGAUGUGAGAUGGCCUUCUUAUGCAUACAACAUUUUAGGUGAAUCAAAUGGGCCUCACAGAUGGAUGACAAAUAUGUCUGAUUCCAGCCUUCAAGCAAUCAGCUAUGGUACGAAUGUCAUCUCUUGUUGAAAGUUUAAAAGGGGCAUCUCUGUGGGAUCAGCAAUGGCUGCCCUGGACCAGGAGCACUCUCCACCUGUGAUUAAUUGGUGCUCUGUUGAUAUAGAGUUUUCUUGGUCGAGAGAAUCGGCGCAGCGUGAAGUACAGCAGUGACUAUGAAAUCGUUGGGUACAGUUUUUGAUUAGUGAGAUUUUACACUUGUAUGUUCAUGGUUCAAUUCUUUAUCCUGUUUGGUCAUCUUUUUCCUCUGUUCCUAUUGUGUUCAUUCUUACAGAAAACCCAAACGCAAAUCUCUCCAAAAUUCAUUCUCUUAGCUCGAACUUCUUACCAUGAAUUGAUGAUCAACUCCAUUGAAUGUUGCUGGCUGUUGAAGACUUAAAGAGACAGCCAGGCCGCCCCACCACCAGGUUGGGAAACUAGAACGUGUUGACAUUUUUAAUUGACCGUUUGCAUGCAAUAAUUGUUUUGCAUAAUUGUCACUUCCUGAUCCCUACACAACGGGCAAAAGGACAAGCCGUCUUUGUUGUCCAGCAAUAGGAAUAUUUUGGGAAGAGAAGAACGGGAUAGAGGACAGGCCGACAGAAACAGAGAUGUGGGCUUCCCAUUUCCUAACGUUAAUAUAGGUUGGAAUUUCGU